GAACAAUUCCUUCGUAACAAUUACAUUCAAUUGUACAAUAGAGGACAGAAGUAGUUCCCCUUGCUUCUUAAAUUCGAUGGCGAUCUUCUUCUUUUAAAGUAGGUAUUCUUUCCUCUUCGUGACAUGUUAAAUUUCUUAAUGUAUUAUAAAAAUAUCGAUAUUAAUUUUUUCUGGUACUAAUCAUACAAAAUAAUUAUUAAAAAAAAUUAUUUUGCAAUUCGAAUUGUUUCCAAGAAUUGUUAGAUUGUAGUACGGUAACAAGUGUCCGAAUAUUAAUGUGUAGUUUUUUGAUAAAAAGCUGUUGUACAGUUAAAUGUUAUUGUUAGAAAGAAAUUUUUUAGGCAUAUUCAAGCUGCAACAAAUGGCAACAAUGCUUCAGUGUUUGAAGCUCGAAAAAGAAAUCAAAGAUGUCGUACAAAUGUUUAAAAAGCGAUGGUGCCAGUAUAGAAGAGACACUUGGAAGUUGGGGCUUUUGUAACAGAGUCUCAAAUUCUGGUCAAGAACUUAGACGUUUAAGAUGUCUCUUUAAUAAGAUAGAUGGAAUGAAAACUAGGAAGCCAAUGAUGUGUGUAAAAUAUAAUUGUUUAUAUGACCCAAACGCAUGGCACGUAAAACCUAGUCCUGACGAAUGUAAACCUAUUUGGACAAUGCCUAUGAGAAGACCUCUUAUUACAUAUAGCUCUACUGCUGAUAUAAUAAUGACAUCAAAUUUGGAUAACAUUGGAACAGAUUUGCUUUAUCCUAUUCCAGGACGAAGUUAUCUAUUACAGGGUAGUACUGAAUAAAAUGCAUUAUUAUGAUAUUGAAUUAAUUUGCGAUCUACUAUUAAUAUUAAAAAGAGCACAUAUCGUAUUGCUAAUGGUUGGCUGAUAUGUGACGGCACUCGACAGUACAAAUAUCGCCACUCGACACUAACAGCCAACAGACGACGGCAGCGCAGUGGUUAGCGCCUUAUGUUACGAACGUUCGGAAUCCGGAAUCCAAUCCUGGCGAUCGAAGUCCGAUUUUUCUUCCACGAUUCUUAAAUAGGAAGAAAAUACAACAGGUACCCCAGCAGUGACAUCUACAGCCAGCAGCUACUAAUAUCACGGACAACAUAUACACCUCAAACUGGUGACCCCGACGUGAUGUGUACAGCAAGAAAGGAGGUGGUGUGACCGUGAUAGCGCUACCGAGACUUGCAUCAUCGCGAAUUUAAACCUGUGGCAUCUGGACCCUACUACCGCUACGACGAACACGGAACGGCCCUUCCAUCUUCAGCAAACCUCGACGCCUCACCUCCGAUCGACGCUGCAAAGCAGGUGACUGGAUACGAGAUGAUGACCAAGCCAGGAGUGUGAUGUGGCCAUUGCAAAGUUCAUGGGCAUCACCACCAGCACGUCAUUACUGAAAAAUGGAACAGAGGCCUACGACCGUACGCGGAACGCCCCGCACCGCAUCGAAGUAUCCAUCGCCACAUCGAAGAUCUCGCACAACAUCUGCACGGGUUUUUGACUAUACGCGGUCGACGCUUUAUUUCACAGCGACAAAUCCGCAGAUGUCGAACUCUCUCACAAACGCACACAGAAACAACGAAUAAGUCGUAUGACCAUGGGCACAACACAAAAGAGAAAAACGUGUUAUCACUGGUAAGGGGGUACUGUGGCGGCACUCGACAGUGCACAAAUACCGGCAUUCGACAUUAACAACCAACGGACAACGGCAGCGCAAGUGGUUAGCGCCUUAGAUUACGAACGUUCGAAACCCGGGUUCGAAUCCCGGGCGACCUGAGUCCGAUCUUUCUUCCACGAUUCUUAAAUAAGAAGAAAAUACAGCAGUACCUCAGCAGCGACAUCUACAGCCAGCAGCUACUAUUAUCACGGACACUCAGAUAUAUAAGUAAGACAACAAACUCGUCUUGAUCGUUCAAU